AUGGCCGGCCAAAUUGCAUGCAUUGUUCCCAAGAUUGUGUCCAAAAUCCAGGGAUUAAACACUCCUCCCUCCUCUGUUGACUCUAAAGCAGACAAACCUAAGCCUGUGAGCUUCAACUACAAACACUUCGUCACCUGCAAUCCUAAGCCUUUCACGGGCAGCGAUGGAGUGACUGCAAUGCUGGAGUGGUUCGACAGCAUCAAAGUUACCUUCAUCAACAGUGACUGCCCUGAGCAUCUAAAGACUAGGAGUGUAACUGGUGUAUUUCAAGGAAGAGCUCUAGAAUGGUGGACAAACGAGAGGAACAUCCGCUCCAAUGAUGAAGCUUAUGCUUUAUCUUGGGCUGAAGUUAGGGAGAUGAUGAUGCUUGAAUUCUGCCCUCCGCAUGAGCAGCAGAAACUUGAGGAUGAGUUCCGGCAUCUGAAACAAGUGGGUGACGACAAUCUGGCUUAUACUACCCGUUUUAAGCAACUCAGCAUCAUUGUACUGCACUUGGUGUCCACUCCUAAGCGCAUGAUCACCAAGUACAUCCAUGGGUUACCUCCAGCUAUGCGUGACGCCAUUGAAGCAGCUAAACUCACCUCCAUUGAAGAAGUUUACCGUCUUGCGGCGAGUUUGAACAACAACUGUGUUCGUGAUAAACAGUCUGGAAACUCUGCUCCAUCGAAACCUGCUAAUCAGAUCACCGAGCAGCCAAGCGGCAGCAAGAACAAGAAAUGA